UUUGCUUUCUCGAAUGAAAAACAACGGAAAAAAAAAAAGAAAAAAAAAGAGAAAAAAAAAGAAAGAACAAAAAAACUCUGUUCUACCUCUACUGCGGACUGUGACCGCGGUCAGAGAUGGGUCAACAAGCCUCCAUGCCCCAGCCUGGCACGCACAUCCAAGUCAUUGGAGCCGGGCUCUCGCGCACCGGAACCGCCUCCUUCAGCGCUGCCCUGGAGGUCCUUCUGGACGGACCCAUCUACCAUGGUGGUACUCAGACCCUGAUGGGCCCACCGACGGAAAUCAAAUCCUGGAAACAGAUUCUACGCAACUGGCUGGCCGGCGACCAUGCCACCACGCUAGCUCUCCUGCAGACCCGUACCGCGGGCUACGCAGCCAUCACCGACGCCCCGGCCUCGCAGCUGGUUCCCGAACUCCUCGAGCUCUACCCGGACAGUAAAGUCAUCUGCACGGUGCGCGACCCAGACGCCUGGGUGCAGAGCAUCCAGCAGGUCAGCUCGAUUGUGCGGCUCUGGUUCCUGGGUGCGGUGCUGCUCCCCCUUCCGGGGAUGCGGCACUUUAUGGGCUACAACUGGCUGCUGCAGUCGCAGUGGGAUCGCAUCUACCGCUCGCGCGAUGUCGCCAGGAUCUACCAGCUACACCUGCAGUGGCUGCGUGAGGUCGUGCCGCCCCAUCGUCUGGUGUUGUUUGAUGUCAGGGAAGGGUGGGAGCCCCUGUGCCGUGCGCUGGGGAAGGAGGUGCCGGAUGUUCCUUUCCCAUGCAUCAAUGAUGCCCAGGCAGUGGAUUGUAUCGCCAUGUACUAUAUCCGGAGAGGGCUGAUGCGAUGGGCGAUCCUGCUGGCUAUUGCUGGAAUAGGUGGCUAUUGGCUGCUAGUAUGGGGGUAGGCAGUCGGCUUGCAUGGGUUGUUCUGGGGAUAUAUAGUACGUAUUCAUUGCGUCGCUGUAGCUGAGCUUGGCGUGGCAUGCAACCGAGGAGGUCUCUUGUGAAUGUACUGGUACUAUGUAGCAGC